AUGGCGGGCCUCUUCGGCACGACGACGUCGACGACGACCAGCACGCUGGGCGAUCUCAAAAACGACGUAGAGCUGGGCAGCCCGCCGGAGGAUAGCAUCACUGACCUGUCCUUCAAUCCUAAUCCCAACGACCCCAAGGACUUCCUGGCGGUUUCCAGCUGGGACAAGAAGGUGCGCGUGUAUGAGAUCGCUGCGAACGGCCAGAACCAGGGAAAAGUGCAAAUGGAGCAUGAGGGGCCUGUUUUUGCUGUAGAUUUCUUUAAGGACGGCACCAAGGUCAUCUCGGCCGGCGCCGACAAGCAGGCCAAGGUGCUCGACCUAGCGUCGGGCCAGGCCAUGCAGGUUGCUGCACACGACGCGCCGAUCCGCUGCGUCAAGUACUUCGAGGCGGGAGGCACGCCGAUGGCUGUGACGGGCUCGUGGGACAAGACCAUCAAGUAUUGGGACUUCCGCAGCGCGACGCCCGCCGGCACCGUGCAGUGCCAGGAACGCGUGUACACGAUGGAUGUUAAGGAGAACCUGCUAGUAAUCGGCACGGCGGACCGCUACAUUGACGUCAUCAACCUAAAGGAGCCCGUCAAGUUUUACAAGACCCUGCAGAGCCCGCUCAAGUGGCAGACUCGGGUGGUGAGCUGCUUUACCGACUCUCAGGGAUUUGCGAUCGGCAGUAUUGAGGGCCGCUGCGCGAUUCAAUAUGUUGAGGACAAGGAUCAGAGCAUGAACUUCUCCUUCAAAUGCCACCGCGACACCCCGCAAAAUAACGUGACCAACGUGCACGCGGUCAACGCCAUCUCCUUCCACCCGCAACACGGCACGUUUAGCACGGCCGGUAGCGACGGUACCUUCCACUUCUGGGACAAGGACGCGAAGCAUCGGCUCAAGGGCUACCCGAAUGUGGGUGGCAGCAUUACGGCAACCAAGUUCAACCGCAACGGCACCAUAUUUGCGUACGCCAUCAGCUACGACUGGUCCAAGGGCUACCAGGGAAACACGGCCAACUAUCCGACUAAGGUCAUGCUGCAUCCUGUGUUGGGCGACGAGUGCAAGCCGCGUCCGAGUGUUAAGAAGAGGUAA